AUGUCUGCCCCCAAGAAGAACCCUUCGGAGCUUCCCAUCAGCACCAUUGUCAACUGGUUCGACAAGCAGAAGCACUUCCCUCCUGCCAUUGAGGUCGGGCCUCAGACAUUGAUGAACUGGAUGAAAGCCAUGAACACCAACCAGACCGACAACAGAUUAAGCACGAAGAUUGGCAAAGUUCUGCGCAGAUUGCAGAAAAAGGCUGGCAUCACGAAGGCUCAGUCUAUGGCUUACAUAGAAGCCAACGGCGAGAAUCUGGACGCUCCUGUCCUCUAUAGCGCAUUCCACCAAAAUCCUCUUUCUCGCAGUGUGAAGGCAAGAAAGAAGAGGCAGCAGAAGAAGGCCAAACGAGAGGCACAGGCCAAGGAGAACGCAGAUGCCAGGGCCAGAGCGAAAGCCAAAUCCAAGUCUAGGUCGGAGAGUGAGUCCGAGGAAGACGCAGAAGAGUUCUCUGAAUGGGAGGGCUUCAGUGAUGACGAUGGCGAGGUCAUGGACGUCGAACUCUCGCAGCCUUUCCCUCUCAAAGUCGUCACCUCUGCCCCUGCCACCAACACCAGUCUUUGA